AUGAAAAUUUACUAUAUCGGUGUACGUGCGCCUCCUAACUGAGCAAAGGGGGGGGGCGGGUGAGAAAGAAGGGGAGAAAUAGACCCAAGCUAACCAAACCCCUAGGUAAUCCGCAAUGCACCCAAGCCAGCCCAUGAGCUGGUAUCGGUGAAGGACCUUAAUUCCUUUUCCUUCUUCCAGCGAUCCACUGUCUCCGAAUUUCUAACCAUGUUUUCCGGCACCGUCGCGGAACGUACGGGGCCUGCUUCCCGUCAGGAUAUUGAGGAACAAUGUACGGCUUAAGCUCUCCUCUCUUCCACCGGCGCUUGCUGACCGGGCAAUAGCGUACACCUUCCACGCGUACGGUCGUUCGGAAGGGAUAGCUGGGGUGAUUAUCUCUGACCACGAUUAUCCGAAGCUUGUCGCACACAAACUCCUGUCCCAGGUCGUCGACGACUUUCUCACAAUGCAUCCUCGCCCCAAGUGGGCGGAGGGUACCCCUCGGUUGGAAUUACCUGCUCUCGCAGAAUAUAUUGUCAAGUACCAGGAUCCCAAGCAGGCGGAUAGCAUCAUGAGGAUUCAGCAGGAGCUUGAUGAAACAAAGAUCGUGCUGCAUAAAACUAUUGAAAGCGUUUUGGAACGUGGGGAGAAGAUUGACAGCUUGGUACAAAGAAGCGAGGGCCUGAGCUCUGCCUCUAAAAUGUUCUACACACAGGUAUAGUCAUCCCAUGUUUGCAGCAGACAAUAAAGAUGUGCACUAAUCGAUACCAUUCGGAAACGUAGGCCAAGAAGCAAAACUCCUGCUGUAUCAUCACCUAGAUUGCGCCAUAGUUUUCUUGUUUUUUAUUUUUCGUUUGCAAUGUACUGAAGACAGACAGACAAUAAUUUGUAUGACUGAUGAGAAGGGUAGAUAGUAUUCUUCUGUGCUCCCGUAUUAGUAGCGGCCGAUGGAAUGGUAAUGAUUUGUUGGUUUUUUUCUUCUCGCCAUUUCUGGAGGAGGGUCCCUUUGCUACGAUACUGUUGUCCACUUUGUAGACAGGAGAUUAAGGUACCAAUUUUACAUUUUCCAGGGCUUCGCCGAAGAAGGGCGCCCGGGGGCAUGAUGCAUUCGGUAUUGGAUACUAGUCAAAAUACCACUUUCCAGCUCAAA